CUUCACCUGAUCUGUUUCUACCUUGAGGUCUGAGUCCAGCUGUCGUGUUGAGUUGAACUCUUCGUGCGGCCAUGGGGGACGCAGAAAUGUCUGUUUUUGGGGUGGCUGCUCCGUACCUGAGGAAGUCGGAUAAGGAGCGUAUGGAAGCCUCGACACGUCCCUUCGACAUAAAGAAGGAAUGUUACGUCCCCGAUCAAGUGGAAGAGUUUGUUAAGGGAACCAUCAUCAGUCGAGAUGGAAACAAAGUCACUGUAGAGACCCAGAAUGGGAAGACUGUGACUGUCAACGAUUCCCAGAUUCUGCAACAGAAUCCCCCAAAGUUUGACAAGAUCGAGGACAUGGCGAUGCUGACCUUUCUCCAUGAACCAGCUGUGCUAUUUAACCUCAAGGAACGCUACGCAGCAUGGAUGAUCUAUACCUAUUCCGGGCUCUUCUGUGUGACUGUUAACCCCUACAAGUGGCUUCCAGUCUACAACCAAGAUGUGGUCAUUGCCUACAGAGGAAAGAAAAGGAGUGAAGCUCCUCCUCACAUCUUCUCCAUCUCUGACAACGCCUACCAGUACAUGUUAGCAGAUCGUGAAAACCAGUCAAUUCUGAUCACUGGAGAAUCCGGUGCAGGAAAGACGGUCAACACCAAGCGGGUCAUCCAGUAUUUUGCCAGCAUUGCAGCUGGAGGCUAUAAAAGAGACCCCAAUGCCAAAGACAAGGGCACCUUGGAGGAUCAAAUCAUCCAGGCUAAUCCAGCUCUGGAGGCCUUUGGCAAUGCCAAAACCAUCAGGAAUGACAACUCAUCCAGAUUUGGUAAAUUCAUAAGAAUUCAUUUCGACACCAGAGGAAAGUUGGCCUCCGCUGAUAUUGAAACAUACCUGCUAGAGAAGUCUCGUGUGAUCUUUCAGUUGCGGGCUGAGAGAGACUACCACAUCUUCUACCAGAUACUGUCUAACAAGAAGCCUGAAAUCCUGGAGAUGUUGUUGAUCACCAAUAAUCCCUAUGACUACGCCUUCAUCUCUCAGGGGGAAACCCAAGUGGCCUCCAUCAAUGAUGAAGAAGAACUGAUGGCAACAGAUAAUGCCUUUGAUGUACUGGGCUUCACUCAAGAGGAAAAGAACUCUGUAUACAAGCUUACUGGUGCCAUCAUGCACUAUGGCAACAUGAAGUUCAAGCAGAGGCCACGUGAAGAGCAGGCAGAGGCUGACGGCACUGAAGAUGCUGACAAAGCAGCAUACCUGAUGGGCCUGAACUCUGCUGACCUCAUCAAAGGUCUGUGCCAUCCAAGGGUCAAAGUAGGAAAUGAGUGGGUCACCAAAGGACAAAAUAUCGCCCAGGUUACCUAUGCAGUUGGAGCUCUUGCCAAAGCUGUUUAUGAAAGGAUGUUCCUGUGGAUGGUGAUGAGAAUCAACCAAUCCCUGGAGACCAGGCAGCCUCGUCAGUACUUCAUUGGUGUGCUGGAUAUUGCCGGAUUUGAAAUCUUUGAUUUCAACACCUUUGAGCAGCUGUGCAUCAACUUCACCAAUGAAAAACUGCAACAGUUUUUCAACCAUCACAUGUUUGUGCUGGAGCAGGAAGAAUACAAGAAAGAGGGCAUUGAAUGGACUUUCAUAGAUUUUGGUAUGGACCUUCAGGCUUGCAUUGACCUGAUUGAAAAGCCCAUGGGUAUCAUGUCCAUCCUUGAAGAGGAGUGCAUGUUCCCCAAGGCCACUGAUACCACCUUUAAAGCAAAGCUCUAUGACAACCACCUGGGAAAAUCUGCCAACUUCCAAAAACCCAGGAUUGUCAAAGGAAAACCAGAGGCCCAUUUUGCCCUGAUACACUACGCUGGAACUGUUGACUAUAACAUCAACAACUGGCUGGUGAAGAACAAAGAUCCUCUGAAUGAGACUGUGGUUGCUCUGUACCAGAAGUCUAAUCUCAAGCUUUUAGCAACCCUUUUUGCAAACUAUGCAGGAGCUGAUUCAGUGGCUGAACAUAUUGAAGGCAAAAAAGAGAAAAAGAAGAAGGGAUCAUCUUUCCAAACUGUGUCUGCUCUUCAUAGGGAGAACCUGAACAAGCUGAUGACCAACUUGAGGUCUACUCACCCUCACUUUGUGCGCUGCAUCAUCCCCAAUGAGACCAAGACUCCUGGGGCCAUGGAGAAUCCUCUGGUGAUGCACCAGCUACGCUGUAACGGUGUGCUGGAAGGUAUCAGGAUCUGCAGAAAGGGCUUCCCCAACAGGAUCCUCUAUGGAGAUUUCAAACAGAGGUAUCGCAUACUGAAUCCUGCUGCCAUUCCUGAGGGUCAGUUCAUUGACAGCAGGAAAGGAGCAGAGAAACUGCUUGGGUCUCUGGAUAUCGAUCACAAUCAGUACAAGUUUGGACACACAAAGGUGUUUUUCAAGGCUGGUUUGCUGGGUCUGCUUGAAGAAAUGAGAGAUGAGCGUCUUUCCAAAAUUAUCACUCUCAUCCAAGCCAGAUCGCGUGGACUUCUGUCUCGUGUUGAAUAUCAAAAGAUGGUGGAACGCAGGGAUGCAUUAUUGGUGAUCCAAUGGAAUGUCCGUUCCUUCAUGGGAGUCAAAAAUUGGCCCUGGAUGAAACUGUUCUUCAAGAUCAAGCCUCUGCUGAGAUCUGCUGAGGCAGAGAAGGAGAUGGCCAACUUGAAGGAAGAAUUCCUCAAACUGAAAGAAGCUUUUGAAAAGUCUGAAGCUCGUAGGAAAGAACUAGAGGAGAAAAUGGUCUCUGUUCUCCAAGAGAAGAAUGACCUUCAAGUCCAAGUUCAAGCAGAACAAGACAAUCUCUGUGAUGCUGAAGAAAGAUGUGAGGGGUUGAUUAAAAACAAAAUUCAACUGGAGGCCAAAAUGAAAGAGCUGACAGAACGACUGGAGGAUGAGGAGGAGAUGAAUGCUGAGCUGACUGCAAAGAAGAGGAAGCUGGAGGACGAAUGUUCAGAGUUGAAAAAGGACAUUGAUGAUUUGGAGCUAACACUGGCUAAAGUGGAGAAAGAGAAACAUGCCACUGAAAACAAGGUGAAGAACCUGGUGGAGGAGAUGGCAGCUCUCGAUGAAAUAAUUGCCAAGUUGACUAAGGAAAAGAAAGCCUUACAGGAAGCUCAUCAGCAAACACUGGAUGACCUCCAGAGUGAAGAAGACAAAGUCAACACUCUGACAAAACUCAAAACCAAGCUGGAACAGCAAGUGGAUGAUCUUGAAGGGUCGCUCGAGCAAGAAAAAAAGAUUCGGAUGGAUCUCGAGAGGGCCAAGAGGAAGCUGGAAGGAGACUUAAAGUUGACCCAAGAGACUGUAAUGGAUCUUGAAAACGACAAGCAACAGCUGGAGGAACGUCUGAAAAAGAAGGACUUUGAGAUCAACCAGCUCAACAGCAAACUUGAAGAUGAACAAUCCAUAAUUAUUCAACUCCAGAAGAAGCUGAAAGAGCUACAGGCUCGUGUGGAAGAGCUGGAGGAAGAGCUGGAGGCUGAGCGAGCUGCCCGAGCCAAGGUGGAGAAGCAGAGAGCAGACCUGGCCAGAGAGCUGGAGGGGAUCAGUGAGAGACUGGAGGAAGCUGGUGGAGCAACAUCUGCUCAGAUCGAGAUGAAUAAGAAAAGGGAAGCUGAGUUCCAGAAACUGCGCAGAGACCUUGAAGAGGCCACUCUGCAACAUGAAGCCACUGCUGCUACACUCAGGAAGAAACAAGCUGACAGCGUGGCUGACCUGGGAGAGCAGAUCGACAACCUCCAGAGAGUCAAGCAGAAACUGGAGAAGGAGAAGAGUGAGCUCAGACUGGAGCUCGAUGAUGUUGUUUCAAGUAUGGAGCAAAUUGUUAAGACCAAGACUAUCUUGGAAAAGACCUGCAGAACUUUGGAGGACCAGAUGAAUGAAUACAAGACCAGGUCUGAGGAAUAUCAAAGAACCAUUAAUGACUUCACCACCCAGAAAUCCAAGCUUCAAGCUGAGAAUGAUGAGUUUUCAAGACAGCUGGAGGAGAAAGAAUCACUUAUUUCUCAGCUGACUCGAGGAAAGAAUUCCUACAAUCAACAACUUGAAGAUAUUAAAAGGCAGCUCGAGGAGGAAGUAAAGGCCAAGAAUGCAUUAGCCCAUACAGUGCAGUCUGCACGUCACGACUGUGACCUCCUCAGGGAGCAGUAUGAGGAGGAGCUGGAGGCCAAAGGGGAACUGCAGCGUGGCAUGUCCAAAGCCAACUCUGAGGUGGCUCAGUGGAGAACAAAGUACGAAACUGAUGCCAUCCAGAGGACUGAGGAAUUGGAGGAAGCUAAAAAGAAGCUGGCUCAGCGUCUGCAGGAUGCCGAGGAGGCCGUUGAGGCAGUGAAUGCUAAAUGUUCCUCUCUGGAGAAGACCAAACACAGGCUGCAGAAUGAGAUCGAAGAUCUCAUGGUGGAUGUGGAAAGGUCUAACGCUGCUGCUGCUGCUCUGGACAAGAAACAAAGGAACUUUGACAAAGUCCUGUCUGAGUGGAAGCAGAAAUAUGAAGAGUGUCAGUGUGAGCUGGAGGGCUCUCAGAAGGAAGCCAGGUCUCUGAGUACUGAGCUUUUCAAACUCAAGAACUGCUAUGAAGAAUCUCUGGACCAGCUGGAGACCAUGAAACGCGAGAACAAGAAUCUACAGGAGGAGAUUUCUGACCUCACUGAGCAACUCGGUGAGGGAGGAAAAACCAUUCAUGAGUUGGAGAAAGUCCGUAAGCAGCAAGAGCAAGAAAAAAGUGAGAUUCAAACUGCCCUUGAAGAAGCAGAGGCAUCCCUGGAGCAUGAGGAGGGCAAGAUUCUCAGGGCUCAGCUUGAGUUCAGCCAAAUUAAGGCCGAAAUGGAGCGCAAAAUGUCUGAGAAAGAUGAGGAGAUGGAGCAGUGCAAGAGGAACCUGCAGAGGACCAUCGACACCCUGCAGAGCUCACUUGAAGCAGAAACCCGCAGCAGGAAUGAGGCGCUCCGUUUGAAGAAGAAGAUGGAGGGAGACCUCAAUGAGAUGGAGAUCCAGCUCAGCCAGGCCAACAGGCAGGCAUCUGAGGCCCAGAAACAACUGAAAGCUGUUCAUGCACACCUAAAGGAUACUCAACUCCAGCUGGAUGACUCGCUUAGAGCCAAUGAAGACAUGAAGGAAAAUGUUGCUAUUGUUGAGAGACGCAACGUCCUGAUUCAGACUGAACUGGAGGAACUGAGGGCUGCUCUCGAACAAACUGAGAGGAGUCGCAAACUUGCUGAGCAAGAACUGCUGGAUGUCACUGAGAGAGUGCAGCUACUGCACUCACAGAACACCAGCCUGAUAAACCAUAAGAAGAAGCUGGAAGCCGAUACAUCCCAGCUUCAAACUGAAGUGGAGGAAGCAGUGCAGGAGUGCAGGAAUGCUGAAGAAAAGGCCAAGAAGGCCAUCACGGAUGCUGCCAUGAUGGCAGAGGAGCUGAAGAAGGAGCAGGACACCAGCGCUCACCUGGAGAGAAUGAAGAAGAACAUGGAGCAAACCAUCAAAGACCUGCAGCACCGUCUGGAUGAAGCUGAACAGAUCGCCAUGAAGGGGGGCAAGAAGCAGGUCCAGAAGCUUGAGGCCAGGGUGAAGGAGCUGGAAAAUGAGGUGGAAUUGGAGCAAAAGAAGAGCAGCGAUGCUGUGAAGGGCAUUCGGAAAUAUGAGCGGCGCAUCAAGGAGCUUACCUACCAGACUGAGGAGGACCGUAAGAACAUCGCUCGACUCCAGGACCUGGUUGACAAGCUGCAGCUCAAAGUCAAAUCCUACAAGAGAGCUACUGAGGAGGCUGAAGAACACGCCAAUGUGAGCCAUGGGAAGUUCCGCAAGCUGCAACACGAGCUGGAAGAGGCAGAGGAGCGUGCUGAUAUUGCCGAAUCUCAGGUCAACAAGCUGCGUGCCAAGAGCCGUGACGUGACCUCUAAGAAAGGGUUUGAUGAGGAAUGAAGCUUUGGAGGCUUCAGAAAAUCUUUUGGCUGCUGUGAACAGUAGAUCCCCUGAACUAUCACUAUUCCUAAUCUGUAGAGCAUAAUAAAAUUUCAUCAAGCUGCACACAA